AUGGGAGAAGAUGAAAAGAUCGCAAGCUAUUUCGUGAAGGUGCAGAAUCUUGUCCAUCUCAUGAAAGGCUGUGGUGAAGUCAUAACUGAUAAGAUGAUAGUUCAGAAGGUAAUGCAUACAUUAACCUUUCAUUUUGAUCAUGUUAUUGUAGCUAUUCAAGAAUCCAACAAUCUUGAAACCAUAAAACUAAAAGAUUUGGUUGGUUCGUUGGAGGCACAUGAGAAAGACAAUGGAGCGACAAAAGGCAAGGAUGAAGGAGAAAACCCUGCACGUCAAGAUUCAGAUGAUUAUGAAGAUAUGGUGGUAGUGGCUGCAGUAGCAGAUGAGCAUGUCAACUCCAAGAUCUGGUUCCUCGACACAAGCUACUCAAAUCACAUAAAUGAUAGAAAAAUGUGGUUAGCAUAUUUCGACGAGUCAAAAAAUAACAAGGUCAAACUUGCAGAUAAUAGCUCGUUGCAAGCAGAAGGUACUGACAACAUGUGCUUCAUGUACAUGGAAUGA